AUGGAAAAGGUGAAAAGGCGCUUUUGUGCUGAUGAUUUCCAGAGAGGACUCGAGGUUUUGGAUGGGGAGAUGGGCAAGGAUGACUGGCUGAUUGCUUUCGCACCCAUCACACUCAUCUCCACAGGAGGGUUCCUCGCGACCAAUUUCUUUCACAACCGCGAAAGCACGGGUGAUUUGGAUUAUCUUCUCGAGCCACAGUGGGCGAGCGAUAACGAUGUCAAGCGGCCGUUGCAGAAUGCGAUGAUACGCACGGCAAACCAACUAGGAUUUACCGAGGACUGGAUGGCAGAGGAGCAGAAUAUUGUUCUCUGGGAAGGGGCCAAUCUACGGGUACUUGCCGUUCCACUGGAAUAUGCACUGGAACGGAAGCUUCGGCGCAUCCACAAUAGCAGGAAACACGUCAAGCGAGGAUCGGACAUUGUGGACGUAGUCGCGAUUCUGAAGCAUCUUCGGGUGCAGAAUGCCGGCCCGUUGAGCAGGGAGCGUAUCCGGACACUGAAUAUCUGCUCAUUCGAGAUGCCGCCGGACAGUACGACGAUGAACGAGAUCGCUUCUGCAUAUCGGCAGGAGCAUGAAGAAGAGGCGUUUGACGAGAUCUGCGCGUGA